UGUUUGAAUGGCCCCGUGUUUCGCCGAGUUUCCACUCGGCCCUUUUCCAUUCCCACCAUUGGGACCACCCUCCCCUGCAGGCGAUGGAUCGCGUCAAAGGCUCCUUCAGUGCGAGAUUCCGGGAGCUUCCACGCACCGAUCCUCAGCUGCUGUGCCUCUAUAGGGCUCCUUCUCAAUAGAUCUCCGCAUGCUUUCGCGAACAGAAAAAGAACACGUGGCACGCAGUGCGUUGAGGAAAGAACAAUAGGCGGAGGCUUCUCAACGAGCGCUGAGGAAAGUAUAUAUAUAUAUAUAUAUAUAUUAGAUAGAUAUUAGAUUAUUAAUAUCCAUUUGCUAUUCUUAUUGCUAUUGUUAUUCUUUCUCUGUAUAUCUUGUUUCCUCUACUCCGGGGUCUCAUUUGUGUGCGUGUGCGAUGGCGAUGCGGGGGAGAUCAUCUUCGUGAUCCGCCGCCGCCGCCGCCUUCGCCUUUGGAGGGCUGACGCUGACGCUGCUCCGCUGGAUUGAUUCGUUCUCUUUCUCCGCGGGCAUGGGACCGAUCUGGGGCCUCACGAGAGGUGUCCUGGAUCUCUUGAUCGUACUCUAUUUCGCGGUCUGGUUCUUGGGCGCCAGGUUCUUGCUCGACCGCCUCGUCUACAAGCCAUUGGCUAUAAUAUUAUUGAGAGCUUUGCUGAUCAAUGAUGAGGCCAGACAGUCAAGGACUGCAAAGUGUUCUGAGACAAUGUGGAAGCUCACAUAUUAUGUUAGCGUUCAAUUGUGGGUUCUAUCAAUCAUCAAACAGGAGCCUUGGUCAUUGGAUACAAAGCAAUACUUUAAAGGGUGGCCUAAUCAAGAACUGAGGCUUUCAUUGAUGCUUUUGUACAUGUGCCAAUGGUUCCACAUAUAGAGCAUCGGUGCUCUCGUUGCAUGGGAAACCUGCAAAGAUUUCUUUAUAAUGAUGUCUCAUCAUAUAAUAACUUCCAUUUUGAUUGGAUAUUCUUAUAUAAGCAGAUUUUUUCGAAUUGGGACUAUUAUUCUUGCCCUACAUGAUCCAAGCGAUGUAUUUCUGGAAGCAUCCAAAGUGUUCAAAUAUUCAGAGGAGAGGGCAGCUAGCGUGUUAUUUGGACUUUUUGCAGUCUCAUGGUUAUUGUUACGAUUAAUAUACUUCCCCUUUUGGAUAAUUAAGACUUCAAGCUACUAUUCCAUUGAGUCCCCGAUGUCAGUGAACGGUUUUCCCACCACUUUAUACUAUGUUUUCAAUACAAUGCUUCUUACCCUGCUUGUGUUCCCCAUCUACUGGUGGAAACUGAGAUGUGCAAUGAUCAUGAGACAGAUGGGUAAUAGAGGACAAGUAGGGGAGGAUGUUCGAUCAGGUAAAUAAUGUAGUUUGUACACAACGCAUUUUACAAAAUAUUGCUUAUAACCAUAUUUUGUUAAAUCAAUGAAAC